GAGACCCAAACUCUAGGGUUCGUCCGUGUAAAUGCCAAAUCACCGACGAAAGUGCAGGCUGAGCUCACAAACAGGACCAAAUGGAUACCAUGCGUAAGACUUCUGGAUGAGAGAAGGAGGAAUUAAACUGCAAAGCCGCUCAUAGUGCCGCUAAAUCACGCUGCUAAAUCUCGCGAGAUUUCGGCACGAGCUGUUCUCCAUAAUAGCGAGCUUGCUUGAACUCUGCAGAAUCACAAGGAGCAGCGCCGGGACAAUGGCUCUCCGGGGCUGCCGUGCUAUCAGAUGGCGAUGUGAUGAAUGAAUGCGACGUUUCUUUCUCAGUUGAAGAGCCCCGGUGUCGCCGCGUGACCGACGCCUCUGCCUUGUGUCUCCGCCUCGCGUCAAGCAGCGGUGCAGAGAAUCCGGCGGCUGCUUGAAUGCAGAUGUUACUUCGGGGAGAAUCUGCGAGUAUUUCAGCUUUUUACCAUCUGACAAUAAGCAGAUCCCAGGGUUGCCGGCUGCCGGAGGGACUGUGCUGGCCCAGCUGUCUGCUACUCAGAGCCCCCUGUGUUUAAAGACAGAUGCUUUUAUUCUGCGGGACAAUGAUUUGUGGUCAUGAGCAGGACAGUGUGUCAAAACCCAAAAGGAAUAGCUGCUAAGAAGCUGCAUGGACUCUCAUGGUGUUUAAUCCUGGUCAGUGUCGUUUCUGUAAUUAAAGAAAUCAUAGACCUUCUACCUUUUUUAUUGUAUGGUGGCCUGAUGGGGACAAGGGCACUGACCGCACAUUCCUCAGUGUCACGGUCCCUCUGUCAGGCCCUUCUUACGAGGGGGAGCUGCUGUCUGCUCUGCCCUCUGUGCUCCAUCUCUUCCCACUGCAAUCCUCCCCCAACCCCUUCGCUCUUACUUCAGUUAAUGCCUCUUUUUCUAUUAUCUCCAAGCCUUCAGUGUAAUGGGGCUUUUGGGAGUACUGAGGAAGGGGUUGGAGUGUGUGGGUAAGCCUGGAACUAUGGAGGACUCCAGGUUGUAUGUGUGUGUGUGUGUGUGUGUGUGUGUGUGUGGGGGUACGCAUGAGGCAACUGUAUUGUGAUUAUGAUGUCGUUUUUCCAAGGGUCUCUGGACUGACCAGGUGGAGGGUGAGCGGGCAGCCCAGGGGAGUGUUCCGUGGUGGUAUCACGUGUUCCUACCAGACGUCCACUGUGUGCCUGAUUGCUGACCCACCCCCCGGGGUUAUGAGAGCAGCACUCGUGUGCGGGGUCGUGGCCCGGCUGUGAUGUAUGCCCCCAGCUGCAGGAUGAACCUUCCGGCGGUCCUGAACGGCCUGCUGGUGUCAGUGGUGGCGGCAGUCCUGUGGAAGUACGCCAGCCUGCGCGAGCACGCCUCCCUGCUGGAGGAGGAGCUGCUGUUGACGCGCCAGUCGCAGGAGCUGUCUCAGGCGCGUGUCGACUAUCAUGCCGCCCUGCUGGCGCUGCAGGAGCAGGGCACGCGCAUGGUCUGCUCGGGCAAGAUGCACACCGACCGCAUCUGCCGCUUCGACUACCUGUGCUACUGUUCUGAGGCCGAGGAGUUUGUCUUCUUCCACAGCAAUGCCUCGGUCAUGCUCCCGAACCUGGGCCCGCGCCGCUUCCAGCCUGCCCUGCUGGACCUCUCUUCUGUGGAGGACCACAAUACCCAAUACUUCAACUUCAUGGAGUUGCCAGCUGCCGCCCUCAAGUUCAUGCCCAAGCCCGUGUUUGUGCCUGACGUCACGCUCAUUCUCAACCGCUUCAACCCCGACAACCUCAUGCACAUCUUCCAUGACGACCUGCUGCCUAUCUUCUACACCAUGAGCCAGUACUCGGACCUGGACAGUGAGGCGCGCCUCGUCUUCAUGGAGGGAUGGGCGGAAGGGCCCUACUUCGAUCUCUACCGACUGCUCAGCAGCAAGCAGCCACUCCUCAAGGAGCAGCUGAGAAACUUUGGCAAGCUGCUGUGCUUCACAAAGUCGUAUGUGGGCUUGUCCAAGAUGACCACCUGGUACCAGUAUGGCUUUGUCCAGCCGCAGGGCGCCAAGGCCAACAUAUUGGUCUCGGGGAACGAGAUAAGACAGUUUGCAACUUUCCUCAUAGAGAAGCUCAACAUCACUAGGGAGGAGACCCCGGCAAGUGAGGAGUACAUUGUGGUCUUCAGCCGUACUGCUAACAGGCUCAUUCUAAAUGAGGCGGAGCUGCUCCUGGCGCUAGCUCAGGAGUUUCAGAUGAAGACCGUCACAGUGUCCCUCGAGGAGCAUUCCCUCUCGGAGGUGAUCCGUGUCAUUGCCGGUGCCUCCAUAUUGGUCAGCAUGCACGGAGCACAGUUGGUCACCUCCCUUUUUCUCCCACGUGGUGCUGCUGUAGUAGAGCUCUUCCCCUACGCUGUCAACCCAGAGCACUACACCCCUUACAAAACCUUGGCCUCCUUACCAGGAAUGGACCUCCAGUAUGUAGCUUGGAGAAACACCAUUGAGGAAAAUUCCGUGACCCAUCCAGAGCGACCUUGGGAGCAGGGUGGAAUCGCCCACCUGGAACCGGAGGAGCAGGCGCGAAUUCUCCAGAGCAAGGAGGUGCCACGGCAUCUGUGCUGUCGCAACCCCGAGUGGCUCUUCCGAAUCUACCAGGACACCAAGGUGAAUAUUGCUUCUCUGCUGGAAGUCCUGAGGCAGAUUCUGAAGUCCAAGCCCAACUUGAAGAGAACCAAGACAGGCAAUGUUGUGCACCCAGGACGGGUUCGGGAGCCCAAGUGCCAGACUUCAGUGCAGGCCACCAACGAGGCUAAGAUGAUGGUGUCGUGGCAAAUUCCCUGGAACCUGAAGUAUCUUAAGGUCAAGGACGUCAAGUACGAAGUGUGGAUUCAGGAGCAAGGCGAGAACACUUACAUGCCUUAUAUCCUACCGCACCAGAACUACACCUUCUCUGAGAACAUUAAGCCCUUCACCACGUACCUGGUGUGGGUGCGCUGCAUCUUCAACAAGAACCUUCUGGGCCCAUUUGCAGAUGUCUUGAUGUGCAAAACCUGAUAGCAGCUGGUUGGCAAAGUCAUAGAGGGCCACCAGGUGUCCUGAUCCAGACAGUCGGAUAAUGUGGCAGGAGGGUAUUCGCUGUGGCAUGGGAAUGACAUUUUCGUCACUCUGGGUUGCCCGCAGUCAGACUGGGCAGAAACAAGGUCCCCUUUUGGAAGCGCUGAGAUUAAAUACCUGUGACACUGGAUGGUCACCUUCCAUAGGGCCCAGAAAGUGUGAAGCCCUUAAAUGAAGAGUUUUAGGCAGAUAUCAGUUUAUGAAGCUAUGAACAGAAGAGUCUAUUUAUGAUUUGAUGUCAUUCUGCUGUAGUACAGGACAUGUUAGCACAACUGUAGGUCUACAUCUAGGAUGCACAGAUUGUCUUACACUGGUAUUUAUAAAUGGAAGGAAUAAUGUUAGUUAUUUAAUUUUUAUUUAUUGCUCAGAGUAUUUGGGUUGUUUUGUGUUUAGUAUAAUGUAGGUUUACUGCAAAUUAAUACCCAUUUCACAUUUUUUUUGCCAUAAAUUAUUAAACUAUCAAAUAGAUUAGAAUCAGGUAAAACUAGAAUUAGGUUGGAUCUUCUCCAUUUGCUUGGUUAUUCUGACUUUUUCAUUAGUUGAUGUUUUUGUUUCAGGGACGUUGUACAAAGUCUGCAUAUGGGGGUGGGGAAACAGAAUGUUUUUACAACGUGUUGAUUUUUAAUGUUUGAUUAGAGUAUGAGUUGAUCGUAAUUAUAAGGAUCUGAAUCUUGUCUGUGUUUCUUGGGACAUUUUGGUAGCAUAGAUACUGUGGAGGAGAAGUUAAAUUGUAGUCUCCAAACAUGUUCUUUCCUCCAUCUGUUGGACUGGACAUUUUCUUCUUACAGAGUAAGCGGUUCUUCGUGGAGGAGAUCAUGGUAAAAUACUCAGCUUUUUUUUGUUUGUUUGUUAACGUCUGACUGAACAUGUAAAAAAAAAAAAUCCAUUAAUUCUCUAUUUUGCCUUGAGAGUGUUCAUUCUGGGAUGGAGAGGGAGAAGGGAGGCUCCUGUAUAUUAAGAAUAGCUUGUGAUAUUCUGCUACCCCCGGGAUCAGUGAUAUAUAAAAUGUCCAUUUGUAUACAGUGAACAUGUUACUAUAUAUUUGUAAUUAUAUGAAUUAUAUUUAACAUGUAGUAUGAUCCUAUUAAAGCCCAGCACAGUCGGUAUAUAC